AUGUAUACAUUGAUGCAAAGAGAUUCCAGCCUAUUUCCAGAGUUAUCUAAUUUUUAUGAAGCAUACGUUAAAAAAGCUGGUGAAAUAGAAAUAUCACAACUAUUAACGGAGCAUAGAGCUCGUAUUUUGAAUGGCACUGAACCAUCACCAAAGAGACAAAAUGUAAACCCAAUGAAUUCAUUACCACCAAAAGAAUAUAUCAAAAAGCUAAUUGAAGUUUAUCGUACAUUUCAAACAAUUACCCAUGAAUGUUUCCUUGGAGAUUCAUUAUUUACAAAAGCAUUGGAUAAUGCAUGUAGAGCAUAUGUCAACGAUAAUGAGUACGCAUUAGGAAUGGGCAACUCAAAAUCAGCUACAUCCAGAACUCCUGAGAUGUUAGCUAGAUAUAGUGAUCAGUUAUUAAAAAAAUCUACUAAACCUGAGAUUUCUCAUGACAUGAGCGUUGACGAUAUUAUGAUGAUAUUUAAAUUUUUGACAGAUAAAGAUGCAUUUGAAUCACAUUAUAGAAGAUUAUUUGCAAAGAGAUUGAUCCAUGGUACUUCAACCAGUGAUACUGACGAGGAAUCUGUGAUUCAAAGAUUACAGAGUGAAAAUAGUAUGGAAUACACAGGUAAGAUAGCCAAAAUGUUCCAAGAUGUCAGAUUAUCCAAGUUACUAGAAGAUGAGUUUGAAUCAUAUGCAAAGAACUUACCUGAUUUCUCUAGGGAAAGAUAUCCCGAGUUAGAACCGUUUGUGUUAGCAGAAACGAUGUGGCCAUUUUCAUAUCAAGAGGUUGGAUUUAACUUGCCACCUGAUUUAAAACCAUCCUAUGAAAAAUUGGAGGAAUUAUACACUACCAAGCACAAUGGUCGUAUAUUAAAAUGGUUAUUCCCAUUAUGUCGUGGUGAAUUAAAGGCCAAUAUCGGUAAGCCAGGUAGACCACCAUUUAACUUUACAGUAACCUUAUUUCAAAUGUCAAUAUUGUUAUUGUUUAAUGAUGAGAAAUUGUCUGAGAACCCAGUACUAACUCUAGAAGAGAUUCAAGAAGGUACCAAUCUUUCAGUUAAUAACAUUGCAGCAUCGAUGAUACCAUUUAUUAAAUAUAAGUUGAUUCAACAAGUACCACCAGGGUUAGAAGCACUAAUCAAACCAGAUACUCAAUUUAAAUUAUCUACCCCAUAUAAAGCAUUAAAGAGUAGGAUAAAUUUUGCAAGUGGUGUUAAAAAUGAUGUAUUGAAUUUAAUUCAAGCCAGUAAUAGUACAAAUAAUAAUAAUAGCAAUAGCAAUUCAGCACAAAGUCAAGGCUCACAAUUAGAUGAUGGUAUAUCAGAGAAUGAAAAAAUCGAGAAAGAAUUAAAUAAAGAAAGACAAAUAUUCCUUGAGGCAUGCAUUGUAAGAAUAAUGAAAGCUAAAAGGAAAUCACCACAUACAACACUAGUUAACGAAUGUAUUGCACAAUCACAUCAACGAUUUAAUGCAAAGGUUUCAAUGAUUAAAAAGGCUAUCGACUCAUUAAUCCAAAAAGAAUAUUUACAAAGAUGUGAUGACGGAGAAUCUUACCAAUAUCUAGCAUAA